AAAAUUUGACAACAAAUAAUAACAAGAACAAGCAUACAUAAUUUUUCCUGACAGUUUUUGUUUAUGCCUUGUGAAAAAAGAAAACAAAUUUUAGCUUUUUGCUAAUAUUUAAAGCAAAAAUGUCGACAGAAAAGGAAAAAUUAGAAAAAACUAAAAUAAAUACGCAGGUUAAACAUGUACCCAAAGAUGCUCAGGUUAUAAUGUCCAUAUUAAAGGAUUUGGGCAUACAGGAAUAUGAACCCCGAGUCAUUAAUCAAUUGUUGGAGUUUACCUAUCGUUAUGUGACUUGUAUACUGGAUGAUGCCAAAGUGUUUGCCAAUCAUGCACGUAAGAAAACCAUAGAUUUGGAUGAUGUUAAAUUGGCAACUGAAGUUGUAUUGGAUAAAGCCUUUACCUGCCCACCUCCACGACAUAUUAUAUCCAAACUGGCGGAGGUGCGCAAUGCCAUGCCCCUACCCCCCAUUAAGCCACAUUGCGGCUUGCGUCUACCACCCGAUCGUUAUUGCUUAUCGGCCUGCAACUAUAAACUACGUGCUGCCACCCAACCUAAGAAAAUGACCAAAUCUGCCUUGGAUUCUAGAUCUAAUAUAAAAACACAAGUAAAAUCUUCUGGUGGUGCUGGAUCGGGGGCCAAACGCCAGACUGUUUUGACACCCAAAACUCAAGUUGUUACUAUACCCAAGCCGGUUAUCAAAUUUACUACCACUGCUAAGACCGUGGCGGUGGAUAGUAAACAGGGCAUUAUUUCGAUGGGCACUAGUCAAGAUUCCAGUGGUGGUGAUGUUAAAAUGGAAGUUGAUUCUGAUGCUGCGGCGGUGGGCAUUAUAUCUACAGUUGCUUCUGGUUUGUCCGGCUCCACUGGCAGUAGUGGUGGCGGCGGAGGUGUUAAAAGAGAACGAGAUGAGGAUGAAUUUGAAGUGGUUCCUUAAAGUAUGAGAUUCGAGUUUUUUAUCAACAUUUUUUUUUUUAAAUAAACAAAAUAAAAAUAUAUUUUAAAUCUUUGGAAACCAAAAAAUUUGGCUAAAUUUGGAAUUAUUCUUUUGGAUAUAUCUCUACUGCAACAAAACUCCACUGUUUUUAAUAAUUCGAUUUAGAAAAAUCUCUUCACACGAAAGUUUCUUUUUACAAAUAUCUUUAAUCAAAAAACAUAUUAAAUUGUAAUUUUUCAAAUUUUAUUUCAAAAAAUAACUUAACAAUAAAGUAGAAGCAAUAUAUAUAAAAAUGGAACCAAAUUACAAAGCAUAUUUAAAAACUAAACUGAUAUUGAAAUAGAAACCGCAGGAUUACAACGUUACACUUUGUAAUUUGUAAAAUUUAUUUUCGAAAUCAAGUUACAGAUAGGCUAUUACUCCAUGAAUUUAAA